AGCAGCACCAAACCAGCAAGAGCUACUGGUUUCUGGAGCUGACAGCCACCAAGAUUGGACAUGAAGGUCUUCUCCUUGGUCAUGGUCACUCUGCUGCUCGCUGCUGUCUGGACUGAGAGCUCGGGCAAGUCCUUCCGCAGCUCCUACAGCUCCUGCUGCUACAAGAACAUGUUCAUCCAGAAGGAAAUCAACACCUCGCUCAUCCGCAGAUAUCGGGAAACACCCCCAAACUGCUCCCGCAGAGCUAUUAUCGUGGAGCUGAAGAAGGGGAAGAAGUUCUGCGUGGACCCUGCAGAGGGCUGGUUCCAGCAGUACCUGCAGGGAAAGAAGCUGAGCAACACCUCAACGUGAGCUGCCACCAACACCAGCUCUAUUUCUUUGUACUCUGUUGAUAUCUAUUUCUUGGUACCUUGCCGUGACCUGUUGGUGUCUGUGAUGUCUCGUUAACUUAUGGAGCCAGCUCUGCCUUGUCCCCAUCUGUCCCACCUCACACUACUGUACAGCUCUACUGGGAUUUAAUAAAGCUACUUGCUCUGAACUACA